UCUCUCCCCCGGCCCACAAGUAGUAGUAUAUGUAGUAGUUUUUAUUUUAUUCGUCGCUCUCUCUGCUCUCUCAGGUGGUUUUUAACUUCAGUCAUAGUAAGUGCCGCCGCUCGCGCUGGACACCGCCGAGAGGACAGGUUCCCCUGUAAAGUUAGUCGCACUCUCGCAUUUCGGCCGCGCGUAUUUAGAUUUAUUUAUUUGUGGUUCGCAAUUGUGUUCUUUUGUUGGCGCCCUUGCUGACCUUUGGAGGCCGCCGGGACGCAUGCGAUCACGACUGGGGAAGUCGGUCGUGCCAUCGUCAACAAGCAAGAUGGCAACACAAUGACUUUUCGGACUGAGCGUCGCUGGGAAAUUGUUUAGGCGAAGGACCACUCGAAGUCAGUCCUUGGACCAAGAGCCAGUUUUCAACCCAACCUCUUGCUUGGCCGCCCAUUCUCCGUGAGGGCAGGAGACGCGAGGAUGGAAUAAUGGAUCAUGACAACGAUGGUGCCAUCAAUUUGUCAACCUCUCAGAGACCAUCUGCGUGCACGACCCCCAACGGCUCCCCUGACUUCGACGACGCUGACCAGGCAUCCUCAUUAGCGAAGGCGUUGAAAGCACAACAACAACAGACCGGCAGCCAGCCGCAGCAGUCGCAGCCGCAAGCAGCCGCCCCCGCCCCAGCGGCCCAAGCGCCAAGCACCCCGAACCAGAACCCGCAGCAGGCGGCAUCAGGCAGCUCGCCGGUGCCCGGAGGCGGAAACGAGCCCAAGAGCAUCAAAGUGGCGACCCCGGCCACCCCCGACAGCAAUGGCAAGUCGCCGCCACCUCUCUCGGCCAGCCACCAGCAGCCGCCCAGCCUCCAGCAGAUGAUGUCGCCCGGCUUGCAGCAGAUGCAGCAGGUGCUGCAGCAGCACAUCCUCAGCCCGGCGCAGCUGCAGUCCCUCCAGCAGGCCAUCCUCCUCUCCCAGGGACAACAGCAGGUCUCUUAUUUUUCGCAGCAGCAGCAGUUUGCCGAGCUAGGUAGGAAGCAACUAGAGCAAGUUCUGCAGCAGCUGCAGGAGCAGUUGCAGCUCAACCUGAUCCAGCAGUCGCACCUGCUGCAAAGUGGCGACAAGAAGAAGGCCUCUGUGCCGCUUCAGCAGCUCUCGAUGCAGCAGCAACAGCUCAUGCAGCAGCUGCGCAUCGUUCAGCACCAGUUCAUCAUGCAGCAGGGCCUCGUCCAGCCCAUGAUGGUCGCUCAAGGUGCAGGAGACGCUCUAGGUUUGUCUCCCGAAGGACCUUGGAAGGAGGCGCCGAGCAGCAAAAGUCCCGACCACGAACACCCUAAGAGUUCGCCACUCAACGGCCUCCUCGGCCACCGCGGCGGACCUCGCGAGGGCAUGAACGGCAUCACGCCCGAAGCGGCCGCCGCGUCCACCCUCGAGAAACACCCCCUGUACGGUCACGGGGUGUGCAAGUGGCCCGGCUGCGAGACCAUCUGUGAAGACGCAGACGCCUUUUUCAAUCAUCUCAACACAGAGCACAUUUUGGAUGACAGAUCAACCGCUCAAGCAAGAGUGCAGAUGCAAGUUGUGUCCCAGCUGGAGCUGCAGUUGCAAAAGGAGAGGGACAGGCUGCAAGCUAUGAUGCAACACUUGCACAUGACCAAGCAGCAAAUGGCCAAUGAGGCCAAGAAUGAAAUGCCAAGGUCUGUUGUUUAUUACCAGAACCCGUCGCCAGGAUCCCUGGCCAAACUGCACCUUUCCUCCAGCGUAGUUGCCACGAACCUGUCGCAGCCGCAGGUGCCGCCUCAGCAGCAGCCAGUCUCGGUGGCCCCGCCGAUGUUGCCCCUGGUGUCGGCGGCGCGGUCGCCAAUGCUGCACCCGCCGACCCCAACCAUGGGCGGCCCCAUCCGCCGCAGAAUCAGUGAUAAAUCGUCCUUGUCCCUGGCUGGCGGGCUUCCGUACAUGCUGGAAAGGGCAGGUCUUGAUGUACAACAAGAUUUUGAAUCUAUGGUGCUAUUUUUAGAAAUCCAGAGAAAUAGGGAGUUCUACAAAAACGCCGACGUCAGACCUCCGUUCACCUAUGCAUCGCUCAUCAGACAGUCCAUAAUCGAGUCUCCGGACAAACAGUUGACGCUGAACGAAAUCUACAACUGGUUCCAAAACACCUUCUGUUACUUCAGGCGGAACGCUGCAACCUGGAAGAACGCAGUUCGACACAACCUCUCUCUCCACAAAUGUUUUAUGAGGGUGGAAAACGUCAAGGGAGCUGUUUGGACCGUGGACGAGGUGGAGUUUUACAAGCGGCGUCCCCAAAGGUGCUCCACAGGGGGAGUCCAGUCGAAAAGCCCCACGAUGACGCAAAGCCCCACUCUGUACGGCGACGCUCUGAACGCCAGUCUGCAGUUUUACCAUGAGAAUUACUCGGAGGCUGCACUGGCUGACAGCAACCUGCCCUUCUUGAAUAGUGGGAUGAACAGGGCACCAACGUCCAGUCCGGACAAGGGACCGUCUCCCCCAGUUGAACUGAGGUCGAGCAUGGACAGCGUGCAUAUCAAGCAGGAGCCGAGCCACUUGCUCGGCAGCCAGAUGCUCAGUGAGAACGGCAUGUUGGGCGGCGCGGCGAGUCUGUCGCACCUGAUAAAACACGAAAUGCUGGAGCACGGCGGCCACCACGGCGGCCAGCACCCGAUGGAGGACAGCGGCGAUGACAUGGACGGCCACGACGGCUACAAGGAGGACGAGCGCAAGGCGGCGCCGAGUCUUGGCAUGUCCGAGGACGAAGAGGAGGACGAGGACGUGGCGCAGGACCUGUCCAUGGCCCCCGAGUCCGAGGAGCACAGCAACCAGGGCUGAGGCCGCCACCCUCCUCAAAAUGCAUAUCUCUGCCCUCUCUUUACUCCGUGGAGUAAAACAACAAAUGAAAGGAAUUAAAAAAAUAAUAAUAAAAAAUUUGGUUUCCUUCGACAAUCGAGUGAGCAGAAAAUGAACUUUUACUAAUGAAGGAGAAUUUUGACUUGGGAAAGGAAAUUAAAACAGCUCGAAGCUGCUAAUCAGAAUAAAUAAAUAAAAGUCAAAAUUCUUUUCUCUAGCCACACCGUACUUUUGUGUUUCUGCGAAAAUUAAGCGCUCUCGUCAUAUCUUCCUGUUAAUUAUAGUAAACGUCUGAAAUGCCAAUUACAACGAUCAGAAGAGUCGUGUGAAUGCGAGUUGAUUUGUUCUUUUUUUUUAAUCCAAAAACACUGAAUUGUUGGAUCAAAAACUCUUGGUGUGCGACGUUGUUAAUUAUGUAAGAGGAGCGGAAACAAUUAAUAUAUUAAACUCCUCUUCAUCUGUUGGUAUUAUUAUUAUUAUAAUUUUAUGUUGAGAUGGACAACUCAUUAAUGUAUAACUACACGCCGGUGGUGCAAACUCAUGUACUCAUCAUUUUUGUAUAAAGAGCAGAGGUAGUUAUGCAUAACGUAAAAAAAAAUCAGUGGCUAUAAACUGUAUUUAUUAUAUAGAGGAUCAUCUGGGUGUGUACAGUUAAAUCAUAACUACGGAUUAAAUGUGCAUUUAAAAUUACGUAACGUGUACUACUAAUUGUGGUCCUAGUCGACUUUUAGUUGUUUCUUCUUGGUCAAAAAAGAAAGAGGCUCUCUAAAAGUGCGAAAUUUACUCUCAAAGCAUUUAAAAGGAAAAUAAAUUGGAAAAAUUUCAAAUAUGGUCGACCAUUCCUAAUUUUUAAUUGUUACAUUAUAUAAAUAUAUGUGUUUUAUUAAUUAAUAAAAAUCGCUUCUUUUAUUGCCAAUUUGUGAUAAAUUAUUAAUUAAUUACUAUUCGUGUAAAAAUGUUCUCUCCUUUUCGUUCCUAAAAUUAAUUUGCAAAAAAUUUAAUUUGAUAUACACAUUCCUUGAGUUGAACAUCUCGGAAGCAAUAAUAAACAAAUGUUGACAAAGAAAGGAAGGUGAGCUGCCGGACGAUUAAGAAAUUUUUUUGAGGUGAAGAGUUGUGAUUAACUGUACCAAGAAGGAGAGCGUGGAAACAGCUUACGUAAAAUUGUGUAGAACCUUAAAAUGUAUCACUAUGCGAGAGAAACUGUUAAAAAAUAAAAUAAGCAAGGACCUGAAAGCAUGAGAGUGAUUGUGGUGUAUAAAAAUAACGCAUUAAUUAUAAAAAAAAAAAAUAUCUUGUAGAUAUAGGCG